AUGAUCUCGGACGAGGGCCAGAACGGCUCCGCCCUCGGCGGCGGCGGCCCCCCUCGCACCAAGAUCUGCGUCUACUGCGGAGCCAGUGCCGGCAGCAGCCCGGCUCACAUGGAAAUGGCCCGGCAAUUGGCCCGAGCCAUGGCUGCCAACAACAUUGACCUAGUCUACGGGGGCGGCACCGUCGGCCUCAUGGGCGAGGUGGCCAAGACGCUCUGCGAGCUCUCCGGGCCCGACUCGGUCCACGGCAUCAUCCCCGAGGCCCUCGUCAAGUACGAGCGCGACGGCACCUACCAGACCCUCAACGCCGACAACCAGAUCGUCCCCGACCAGGCAAAGUACGGCCGCACCACCGUCGUCGCCGACAUGCACACGCGCAAGAAGCUCAUGGCCGAGGAGGUCUUUGCCGGCGCGCCCGGCUCCGGCUUCAUCGCCCUCAGCGGCGGCUACGGCACCAUGGAGGAGAUUUUCGAGACCAUCACCUGGAACCAGCUCGGCAUCCAUAGCAGGGGCAUCUGCCUCCUCAACGUCGACGGAUACUGGGACGGCAUCGUCCAGUGGAUCGACAAGGCCGUCGAGCAGGGCUUCGUCAAGCAGGCUAACAAGGACAUUGUCGUCACUGCCACCACCGCCGACGACGCCGUUAGCGCCCUGCGCGACUACAAGGUGUCCGAGGCCAUUUUUAAGCUCCAUUGGGGGGCCCAGUAG